ACGAGGAGAGGAGACAUGAGACGGUGAGGUGGACGACGGGCAUCCCGAGGGGAGACGGACCGGUGCAGACAUGACCACCAUGCUGAGUCCCAAGAUCAAGCAGACCAGGAGAGCCAGGUCCAAAAGCAUGGUAAUGGGCGAGGUAAGCCACGGCUCUGCUCGCUCCACAUCUCCAGGCCUCCAGGAGGGGGUGAUAAAGGCUGGCUGGCUGAAGAAGCAGAGGAGCAUCAUGAAGAACUGGCAGCUGCGGUGGUUCGUGCUACGUUCAGACUAUCUCUACUUCUACAAGGACGAGGAGGAGACCAAGCCUCAGGGUUGCGUCCCACUCAAGGGGAGCCAGGUGAACGAGCUCACAGCCAAUCCAGAGGAAGCAGGACGAUUUUUAUUCGAGAUCGUUCCAGGUGCUGCUGGUGAGAAAGACAAAGCCACUGUGAGCCACGAAGCCUUUCUGCUUAUGGCCAACUCCCAAAAUGAAACGGACGACUGGGUGAAGGCCAUCAGACGGGUCAUCUGGGCUCCUUUUGGAGGAGGGAUUUUUGGGCAGCGCCUGGAGGACACGGUUCUGUAUGAGAAGAAGUUCGGGUCUCGACUCGCCCCCCUGUUAGUCGAGCAGUGUGUGGAUUUUAUCAGGGAGCAGGGGCUCGACGAGGAGGGGCUGUUUCGGAUGCCGGGUCAGGCCAGCCUGGUCAAGGAGCUUCAGGAUGCCUUUGACUGUGGAGAGAAACCUCAGUUUGACAGUAACACUGACGUCCACACUGUGGCCUCCCUGCUGAAGCUGUACCUCAGGGAGCUUCCCGAACCGGUGAUUCCCUUCUGCAAGUACGAGGAUUUCCUCACCUGCGCUCAGUUUCUAGCCAAAGACAGCGAGGAGGGUUUGGAACAUUUAGAACAGCAGGUGAAGACUCUUCCCUCCGCCAACUACAACCUUAUGAAAUAUAUAUGCAAGUUCCUGGACGAAGUGCAGUCACACGCUGCCGAAAACAAGAUGAGCGUACAGAACCUGGCCACUGUGCUCGGACCCAACAUUCUCCGGCCCAAAAUGGAGGAUCCAGUAGCCAUAAUGGAAGGAACCUCGCUCGUCCAGCAUCUCAUGACGGUCCUCAUCAGCAACCACGAUCGGCUGUAUCCCGACCUGGAGCCUGAAGCUCCCGAGGCCUCCGCGGACGUGAGAUCCCAGUCUCAGCAGCAGUCCACCAGUCUGGUUGGCUGGAUUUCCGAGGAAGAUCUGUCAGCUGGGAAGAGCCUCAACCCCAGUGACAACCCCAGCAGCAGCAGUACCUCAUCCCUGGAUGGGAUCCCUGCAGUUCCUGCUUCUAAAUCUCCUCAAGGUCCUCAAGGGAAAGGCGAACCCGCCAUCAGCCCUAGCAAGCAGGCCAAGACUUUACCCUCCUGGAAGUACACGUUCAAAAACUCCUCCCCACGACCACAACCCUCCAAAACCUCCACCGCCUCCUCAGACACGGCCAGCGUCUCCAGCGGAAACUGGCUGAUGAACGGGCUGUCGUCGCUGAGAGGGCACCGCCGCACCUCUGCGGGGGAACGCACCCGAGAUUCCGGGUCAUCCCAAAGACUGUCGACCUACGACAACGUGACGUCCGCGUCGAGCCUCGGGAGCGCGCCCAGUGAUGGCGGUGGCACGCCGUGGUCAGCCUCAUCGUGUGAGAUCUCGGUCACAGAUUUCGGAGGUGACAGCUCAGAGGUGGAAAACCAGAACGAGAUCAGGACAGAACCGGAGAACUCCGAGCACCCAGCGGAUGAAGGGAAGUCCACGGAACAAGAGGACGGUUGCACCAACAAGGGCUCGAGUUGCAGCAGUGACACCGGCGGCGCGGUGCUGCCGGUCAUCACGGUAGUGGCUGAGGACUCUGAGGAAGGUCCAUCACUGACCAGUGUGGUAGAAAAACUGAAAGAGGAACUGCUGAAUCAGAAGCUGCUUUAUGAAUCCAGAAUCUACAAGCUGGAGGAGUCGAGCGCGCUGCUCCGUACCCAGACGGAAAAAUUUGAACACGAGAUGGAGCAGGAGAAGAAGAAGCAGAAGAUGCUGGAGAUCAGGCUGCGUAACUCCGAACGGGCCCGGGAGGACGCUGAGAACCGGAACAGACUCCUGGAGAAGGAAAUGGAGGACUUCUUUUCCACCCUGGGGGACCUGGCCCUCGGGACUCGGACCAGUGACAUUUAGCCGGUGCUGUUUGUUUUGACAUGAGGCGUGAGGGUGUUUGUGGGAACUGUGGGCAGCGGCGUCUCUUAAGUACCGUUUUCUCAGGUCAGUGCAGGAGUGUGUGGGGACGGAAUUUCUUGACCUGGACCUAAGACGGGCGUAUUUAGGGUAUUUAAGGAUGAUUAUGAAGCUUCUUUUACUAAGACCUGUAACAUAUAACUGUGGUCAGUUCUUACCAGUAAUUACGGCUAUUUAACGACGUUUGCAGCUAAUUAUCGUGGCUCUUGCUGCUCCUCGAUCUUGCGGGUCCAUAUUAUGUAACCAGAUAACGUAUGGGAAAGUCUUUCCAAAAACGAUCCUUUAAAAGAGCUCAAAUCGUGAGCAGGCUAUGCCCACAAGCUUUGUAAACCUACCCAAGUUUACCACUGGAAUGUAUUAAUUCAUAAAAAGAAUUAAUGAUGUAGAAA